CCUUCUCAAUGGGCUGUGGGAGGAAAAAACUGGAUGACUCAAAGGUGUUUUUGGCUGUUUGCGACAGUUAAUCGGAAAAGUAUAAAUGUACGAGGACCACUACCAACCUCAAUUGACGAGCGAUAAUCAAAGAAGUGGAGUUCUUACAGGAGGCUGGACUUUAAACGGUCAAAUACCACAAGUUAAGGGGAAAAAAACAUGAACUCCAUGUCAGUACUGUUUUUCCUUCUCUUUAACUUCUUUGGCACAUCCUCGGCAUCAAAAGACUAUCUUCCCAGAGCAAAGAAUGUAACCUGGGCAUCACACAACUUCAAGACAAUUCUAAGAUGGGGACCUAAACCUUUCAACUACACUCAUACAGUGGAAUUCUCCAAAGUUGGAAAGGACAAACAGCGAAACCCGCACUGUAUCAGAAGCACGGAGACAGCAUGCGACUUGACCAACGAGCUUCGUGAUCUGAAGAUCUCCUACAUGGCUGAUGUCCUCACAGAGCCUCUAGUGAGCCAGGGCAUGGAUCUGGUGGAGCUUCCGUACACUCAGUCUAAGAAGUUCUGCCCUUACAGUGAUACUGUAAUAGGAAAACCUGACUUCAGAAUCAAGAUUAAUGAAAACAAGACGAUUGUGAUUUACAUUCGUGACCAGCUGACUGCUUUGUAUAAAGAUGGCCGUCAUUUAACACUCCGUGACAUCUUUAAAGAACACCUGAAGUACAAGAUUAUAUACAGCAGAGCUAGAAGCACAGGAAAGACUGAGAUGAUUGUGGAUCAGAAUAAGGUGGAACUGAAUGAACUAGACAAAGGUGAGAGCUACUGCUUCAGCGUGGCUGCGUACAUCCCCUCCCGGAGAGGGCGCAAGGAAACGGGCAAGUGGAGUCCUCCCAAGUGCUCGCCAGCAAAGGAAGGAAGCCUCAUUGAGGAGUAUGGCCUGUGGACCAUCGGAGUUGGGUCUCUUGUGGUCAUGUCCCUGCUCAUCAUAGUCAUCAUCAUUGUCGUGACCUGCUGCAAGCGAGUGUGUGGGUACAAGCCAGGAGAGGAGAAACAGGUCGUUUCUCAUGUGUAGCCAGGGUGUGAAGGGCCGUGCAAAAUGGCCGACUCUGAAAGACUGCAUGAUGGUUUCCGUGAAACAAUAAAACUACAGGGUAUGUCAUACAUAUCCCAGUUAUAGUUUUGAUAAUGGUAGAGCAGUUAAUGACCAGUAUUGAUGAACUCCAAGUGAACUUUCAGAGAACAGAAAACGGAGAACAAAAAAUCAGUUUGAACAUUUAUGACUAAAAUGGGUCAUUGCCAAGGAGUUGCUUUAUUUGCAUCCUUUUGUCAAAUUGUUUGGUUGUAGUCAUUGAAAGUCUACUUCUUUGGGAGAAAUAUAUGUAUAUUAGCUGCUAUAUUUAUUAGAUACAUAAUUUUUAUUUUCUUACAACUCCUCACAUGUAUAAGAUUUAUUUAAUAUAAUGACACCAAACAUGUAACUACACAGAUUAACUGAAUAAAGUCUUAUGUUCCAUAAUAAAGGUUUCCUGCCACAGUCUGUUAAAGAUUGCCAACCUUUUAACUUAGAACUAAUUUGAAUCUGCUUCCUCAACAGCUUUAUGUUAAAUCUGUCACAUGUAAAGUGUCUUGGGAUGUUAACAC